CGAUGACCUUCUUAUGUUUCACCGGUCGCAGUGCAUGUACAUGUACUACUUGCUCGGUUACCAAGUGUUCCAGAGGAGCGAUUUGAGCUUGGAAACCAAGGAGAACAUGGUGAACAACACUUACUUACUGGCUCUGGACGGAGACAUCGAGUUCCAGCCUAGAGCUGUGUUACUUCUGGUGGAUUUGAUGAAGAAGAACAAGAAUUUGGGAGCAGCGUGUGGCAGGAUUCAUCCCAUUGGCACUGAUGGAGCUGGAGGCUUGUUGGUGUGGUACCAGCAAUUCGAGUAUGCCGUGGGUCAUUGGUUUCAGAAGGCUACUGAGCAUGUCAUUGGAUGCGUGCUUUGCAGUCCUGGUUGUUUCUCUAUGUUUCGCGGCGCCGCAUUGCUUAGUAAUAACGUGAUGAAAACUUACACCACGAAGUCUGAAGUUGCCCGUCACUUCGUUCAGUAUGAUCAAGGCGAAGACAGAUGGCUGUGCACGUUGAUGCUUCAACAAGGCUGGAAAGUCGAGUAUUCUGCUGCAAGCGAUUCUUACACCCAUUGCCCCGAAGGAUUCAAUGAAUUCUACAAUCAGAGAAGACGAUGGGUUCCAUCAACCAUGGCUAACAUUUUGGACUUGCUAGCGGACUACAAGCAAACUGUUAAGAACAAUGACAACAUUUCCAUGCCCUACAUCUUGUAUCAGAUGCUGUUGAUGAUCGGAACAAUCCUGGGUCCUGGAACGAUUUUUAUGAUGAUGACUGGUGCUUUCAACGCAGCAUUCAAAAUU